GAACGUCACUGUCAAGGUUUUAUACAGUCUUUUUUAAAUAGGUAACUGUGAAGGAAGGAUAAGUUUCCGUUGAUGAUAAGGACAAGAUGGAAAUGUUUUUAAUUUUAGCUUUGAUUCACCUUCCGGUAAUCGUUAACUCUCAGGAUUCUCAGGACAAGUUGAAAGAUAUUACAAUUGGAGUUCUUUUGACCGGUUCAAUAGAAAAGCCGCCUCUUCAACUUCGAGCUCUAGAGAUGGCAUUUUCAAAAGUAAACGACGAUCCGGAUAUAUUACCCGGAUUUCGAUUGGUUCCCUUUCCGAUGUAUACCCAAUCCAGUUUAGAUACGUUUGGAAAUAUAAAAAAUGUUUGUGAAAUCCUAACAAACAAGGUGGGGGCAAUCAUCGGCCCCAUGAGCUCGACCCCAGUGAGAGCGGUUUAUCCAAUCUGCGAUGGCGUGCAUAUGCCGAUGAUUGCGCCGAUGGCCACGGACCCAACAUUUUCCACGACGGUCUCAUCGUACAAAUAUCUUAUGAAGAUGCUUCCCCCAGAUAGUGUACAGAGUCUAGCUCUGGUUGACAUCAUAGAACACUUUGGCUGGGAGAAAUUGGCUAUUCUUACAUCAUCAAACAUCUGGUCCCUGUCUCUUUUACACAUCUAG